AUGUAUCGUAGUUUGAGGUUUGUCGAAGUAGAACGUGUACAGCUAGGAGAUGUAGUAAUGAAGAGUGUUGAAUGGUCCAGAACAUCUUCAGAUUGUUCGUUGCAAAUUAAAGGUGCAUUAGCGGCUGUACCCAUAAUUGACUUAAUUGAUCUUACAACUAGUGACCUUAAAGAGGUUACCGUCCUUACCUUUUGCAGUUGCAAGAUUGAUUUCGGUCAGUCUGAAAGUAAGUCCCCGCAAAGUCCGAAGGAACUUGGUACACUGCGGGAAAUCAGGUUCGUUGGUUCAGAAAACCCACUUUCCGAAUCUGACAGGAACAAGCUGUCGGAGUUGUAUCCUAAUGUCAAAGUGACAGAAAAUCAGACGAGUCAGGAAUCAUCUGAAGAAUCCCAGGAGGGUGCAGGGAUACCUUUCAAGUUGGAUAAGGCCUCCUCUCAAUUACUCAAAACCUCUCCAAUAGAUGAACUUGCUGAGGAAAAGGUUGAAUUUCAUGAAUAUACAGGCUCACAGAACCCUGAAGGCAGAGAAGAAGAAACAUCAUGGCAAGAAAAAGAAGAGGAAUUUGACGUCAACCAAGGAAGCCUGCCCCAUGAAUCAGUACCUGAUGAAGGGAAUGUCGAAACCAUCAAGAAGGAGUGCUGCAAGAGAGUUGGAGCUGAUGGUGGCAAACUGCAACUAGAGUCAUUUGGGAUUGAACUUAAGAUACCUCCUGGUGCAAUCGACAGCAAAGAGCCACAAGAAAUCUCUCUUCAUGUCCUGACCGAUACUCCUAAUCUUGGUAACACCAAAUACGAGAUGUCAGUCUGCUUUGGUGUACAGUGUCUAGCUCCUGAUGACUUAGUCCUUAGGUUACCGGUGACUUACACAAUACCUCAUUGUGCUGUUGCAACACGGUACUCUGGUUUAAAGGCAGUGUUGUACUCAGGAGAGGGGGAAUACUCACCGCACGCAGUUGUUAAAGAACGGAAAGUACUGUCAAGGUCUGGAAUACCCAGCUGCAACAUCAUGAAGGACGUACUUGAACUCAAGAUGGAUCAUUUUUCGUGGGCGAAGAUUAAGAUAUUGGUCAAGAGCUUCUUCUUCCGCGGAAAGAGGAUGUGCUGUUGGCCGUUUAAACAGAUGAACCUGCCCCUAGCUAAGACACCCGUCAUCUUACAUGCACACCUUUAUGACGAUUUGAAAGGGAACAAAAAGGUGGUGAGAGAGGAUGAAGAGGAAUUGGGAUUCACCCCUGCUCAUAUCGAACAAAAUGUCUUUAUCCAGAAGGCAGAAGUUGAUCUUAAAAUGGGAUGUUAUGUCAAGAACAAGAAGAUUGGAAAAAUUGCUCUCCGACACUCCCGAUGGUUCACGUGGCAGAUCAACUAUUCAAGUUGA